AUGUUCCGAAAUGUACGUGACUAUUUCAAAAGUGCCAAUGAGAAAAGUGAAAACGGCGAAAAUGGAGCAGAUGCUGGAGUGGAUAACAAAAGUGGCGGUAAUGCCAAUGGGGUGAAUGACGAGAGUGGGGAAAGGGGUGCCCUCUGCGAUGAGGCAAACCAGGAGGACUACCUAAAUGGGGGGUCUUACAAAGAUAUAGGUGAUAUUUGCAAAAAGGAAUCCAGCACUGAGAAUAAUUUCAGUAAGAAUUAUGACAGUUACAACGAUCUGGAUAACGAUAGGAGGGGGUGCAGUACCAGUGACGAGGGAAGUCGUAAAAAUAAAGACGUCUUUACUAAUGGGGAUAGUUACAAGAAGAGCGAACCGUUUGUGAAUAAUUUCGAAGUUAGCGCGAGUUGCGCUGUGAGCGACGCGGUAGAUUCGGAAGGCAUAAACACCAGCAGGAGGGAUAAGCACAAACUGGACUUAAGCGAUGAAGCCCUGAAGAGGAGGAAAUUGACCGAAGCGGGGGAGGAAAAUAAAGUCAAUUGCGAUGGGGAGGAUGACGAGAAGUUAAGUGAAGGGGGAGAAGCGGCUGCUGAUAAGGAACAGCCGGUGGAGGAGAACCCCCCUAGCGAAGAGAAGGUGAAUUAUUUGCAAGAAAAACUACAACAGCUUCUUUCCGAGACGAAGCGAUAUACGGAGAAGCUGUCAGGUCAACGUGUAAAAAUGAGUAUGCAGUCAAAGGGGAACAAAACGAGACGUUGUGCAAUGACCGAGAAGGAGGAAGAUUAUAUGUUAUUGAAGGAUGCCAACGAGGAGGACGAAACGUUUAUCAUGAAACAGCCAGCUAAUAUCAACGGGUGCAUGAAGCCUUAUCAAAUAGAAGGGCUAAAUUGGUUGUACCAAUUGUAUAGGCACAAGAUUAACGGCAUUUUAGCCGACGAAAUGGGGCUAGGAAAGACCCUGCAAACUAUAAGCUUGUUAUGUUACUUAAGAUUUAAUAAAAAUAUUAAAAGGAAAAGUAUCAUUAUAUGUCCAAGGUCGACUUUGGACAAUUGGUAUCAAGAAAUAAAAAAAUGGUGCACAGAAAUGAAGGCGUUUAAAUAUUACGGGAGUAAAGACGAAAGAAGGGAAUUAAACAAGAAUGUGUUACACACAGAUUAUGACGUGUUGCUAACGACUUACGAAAUAGUAAUUAAGGAUAAGAGCGCUUUAUUCGAUAUCGACUGGUUUUUUCUCGUAAUAGAUGAAGCACAUAGGAUAAAGAAUGACAAAAGUGUGUUAAGUACAUCUGUUCGUUUCUUACGAUCGGAGAAUAGAUUGCUAAUUACAGGAACCCCCCUGCAUAAUAAUUUGAAGGAGUUGUGGUCGUUGUUAAAUUUUUUAAUGCCAAAAAUAUUUGACAAUUCGGAAGAAUUUGACAACUUAUUUAAUAUAUCAAAGAUUAGUUCUAACGAUAAUAAACAGAGUGAAAUAAUCACCCAGCUGCACACCAUUUUGAAGCCCUUUAUGUUGAGGAGGCUGAAAGUGGAGGUGGAGCAGUGCCUUCCCCCGAAGAGGGAAAUAUAUGUCUUUGUGGGUAUGUCAAAAUUGCAAAAAAAAUUAUAUUCUGAUAUACUUAGUAAAAAUAUUGACGUAAUAAAUGCCAUGACGGGGAGUAAAAACCAAAUGCUUAACAUACUUAUGCAACUGAGGAAGUGCUGUAAUCAUCCCUACCUUUUUGAUGGUAUUGAAGAACCUCCUUAUAUUGAAGGGAAUCAUUUGAUAGAGACAUCUGGGAAAAUGUCUCUCCUGGAUAAGCUCCUGCCAAGACUGAAAAAAGAAAAUUCACGUGUGCUUCUAUUUUCGCAAAUGACCAGAGUUUUAGAUAUCAUAGAUGAUUAUUGCAGGUGGAAGAAAUAUGAGUACCUUCGUAUCGAUGGAUCCACAGUGGGGGAUGAGAGGCAAAUAAGGAUCAAUCAGUUUAACGAACCGAAUAGUAAAUAUUUUAUUUUUUUGCUGUCAACGAGAGCAGGAGGUAUUGGAAUUAACUUAACCACGGCAGAUAUUGUCAUCCUGUUCGAUUCGGAUUAUAACCCACAGAUGGAUAUCCAAGCCAUGGAUAGGGCACAUCGUAUAGGUCAGAAGAAAAAAGUCAUCGUUUACAGGUUUGUCACGCAAAAUUCAGUGGAGGAGAAAAUUGUCGAAAGGGCAGCGAAAAAGUUAAAGCUAGACUCGCUUAUUAUUCAAAAGGGAAAGCUAAAUUUGAAUAACAAAGAAAAUAACAAACAAGAAUUACACGACAUUUUAAAUUUUGGUGCCCCUGAGGUUUAUAAAACGCAAGAUGUGUCUUCCAUUUCGGAUGAAGAUAUUGACAUCAUUUUAGCCGACGCUGAGAAGAGAACUAUGGAAAUUGAAAAUAAAUUAAAAAAUUUGGAAAAUAUUUUUGACUUAUCGAAUAUAUCGCUAGAUGGAGGGUUGAACAUGUACAACAAUUUGACAAAAGACGGUUCGGAUGAAUCCAGUGACGAGGAUUAUUCAGAUUCUGAGGAUGGGGAUGAAGAAGACGACGAGGAGAUAAAUUAUUCGGAGGGGGAACACCUCGAAGGAGAAGGCAUUGACGGAGUUAUCAGAAAGAAGAAGAAAAAGAAGAAAAACUUCAACAAAAUAAGAAGUACGAUAAAAAAGUUCCUGAAAAAUAAUAAGAAAAAUAUGGCCUUCCUCGAUUUAGGAGAAAGAAAAAGCAAAUGGAAAGUUAUGAAUUCCACAUGCACCAAAAUUAACAAGAAAAAAUUGGAGCUGCAUGGGUGGAGAGCAGAAGCCAGAGGGGGACAUGAUUUCCAAUUUUUUAAUAAUGAAAAAUUAGAUGAAUUAGAAAGGUUGGAAGAAAGGUGGAGCAAGUACCGUGUUAGUGAAGAUAAAAUUAGGAAAAUUAUCGACGCGCAAAGAGAGGAAAAGGAUUUUGAGAGGUAUCCAAAUUUUUCCGAUUUUCUCGAUCUGCACGGGAAGAACAUUUACGAAAUUAUCAACUUGAUUUAUCCUAACAUUUUUGAUGAGCAAAUGGAGGAGGAGGGUGAUGCGGGUGACCCCAGUGGGAACGGUGCAGAGGGGGAAAGUACCACCAACCAGGAUGGCGCUAACAAAGCAGGGGAUGCUGCUGGCGGAGCUAGUGACAGCUUAAGCGAGGUUCAACAGAUGAAGAAGAAAAUUAUCAAACUUUUUGAGGUGAAGAAGAAGCUAACCAUGGUUCGGUUCAGGGACAAAAGUGUAAAGGUUUGCUACGAGUACAUAACCAACUUUGUUAAGAGACACUUGGGAGAGAACAAUAACAACGAAAGUAGUAACAACAAGAAGAGUAAGAACAGCAAGCCGGUUAGGAAGGCCAUCGACCAUGACUUGGUUAACAUAGAUAUUGACCAGAUAAGGAGUGAAAAAGAGGAACUUCUGAAGGAGGGAUUUGCCAAGUGGAAUAAGGCGGAGUUUAACAAGCUGAUGAGCGGGCUGAUCAUUUACGGCAGCGACGACAUCGAGUUCAUCCAGGAGAAAUACUUUGGCAACUCGAAGAAGACCCUGGAGGAUAUAAGGGCCUACUUGCGGGUCUUCUUCCGUAGAUAUAAUCAGGUCAAGGGGGGUAAAAGACUCUUCGAGAGAAUUCAAAAGUCCGACCUACAGAGGCAGUUGAUACAGGAGGAAAACGAUCUCAUCGCAAAUUUUGUUGAAAAGCAGCUGUCCGAUGGAGUCGACACCAUUGACAAGCUGGAGCUGCCCCCGAAUCUGUCCUACGAACAUCUGCAGAAACUGGAGGAACCACCACCCCCCACAGGGGAAGUUAAGGAAGAGAAGGAGACCAAAAUUGCCCUGAGUGAAGAAGAACUAGCAUAUUACGAAAGAGAAAAUAAAAUAUUACUUUGGUUGUUGUACCAGGAGGGGGUGGUUCACACAAAGAGCAUUCACAUUUUGACGCCUUAUUAUUGGGGUCAAGCUCAGGAUUUUUUUAAGUACGCAAAUACCCCAUACGAAAGCGUCGAGUAUAGGUGCCGCCUGAUCGUGGAUGCCAUUGUGCAGAUGAGCAGAAGGAACUCUAAAGCCUCGAGUAGCAAGGAAAAGAAAAAGUGA